AUGGCAGCAGAAUCAAUCAACCCAAGAACUGGUUUCUGCCAACAAACCAAAACCUUUCACAGUCUCAGACCACCUACACCUUUUCCACCACCACAUCAACCACUCUCUAUUACCCACUUUGUCCUCUCUCUCCUCCACUCCUCCACCGUCCCAACCACCACUACCACCUAUCUCACCAUCCCCUCCACUGGCCAGUCUCUCACUUACUCUCAAGCCAUCGACCAAAUUCACUCUCUUUCUUCUUCUCUGAAAAACCACUACUCUUUAAACAACAAGGACGUCGCUUUUAUCCUCUGCCCACCUUCUCUCCACGUCCCAAUUCUUUAUUUCUCUCUUCUUUACCUUGGUGUCACCGUCUGUCCCUCCAAUCCACUCAGUUCUGACUCCGAGCUGGCUCACCAAAUACAACUCUGUAAACCCAAGAUCGCCUUUGCCACCUCCCAAACUGCCCACAAGCUUCCCUCUCUCCCUCUUGGUACCGUCCUAAUUGACUCCCCCGAGUUCACCUCCUUGUUGACUCGCCUCAAACCACAAACCAUCCACCCCCGAGUUGAAGUGAGUCAGUCCGACGUGGCUGCGAUUCUUUACUCCUCAGGCACGACAGGUCGAGUCAAAGGAGUGGCAUUGACUCACCGGAACUUAAUCGCUUUAAUCUCCGGUUUUCAUCAUAACAAGGCAGUAACGGACCUGAACCAACCCGAGCCACCUCCAGUCUCGCUGUUUAUAUUGCCUUUGUUUCAUGUUUUUGGGUUCUUUAUGUCGAUAAAUGCGUUCUCGAGAGGGGAGACUUUGGUCUUAAUGGAGAGGUUUGACUUCGUAGAAAUGUUGAAGUAUGUAGAAAAGUAUAGAGUUAAUUACAUGCCGGUGUCGCCACCGCUUAUCGUGGCGUUUGUUAAAUCGGAUUUGACUAAGAAUUAUGAUUUGAGUUCCUUAGAAACGCUUGGUUGCGGUGGCGCACCACUAGGUAAGGAGGUUGCUGAUGCAUUCAAAGAGAAAUUUCCGCACGUGGAAAUAGUACAGGGUUAUGGAUUGACUGAGACUGGAGGAGGGGCAACAAGGACUCUAGGACCCGAAGAGACUAGCCAGCAUGCUUCUGUUGGUCGCCUAUCUGAAAAUAUGGAAGCCAAAAUUGUUGAUCCUGAAACUGGAGAGGCCUUGGGUCCUGGCCAGAGAGGGGAGCUUUGGUUGCGAGGGCCAACUGUCAUGAAAGGUUAUGUAGGAGAUGAGAAGGCAACGGCUGAAACCUUACAUGCAGAUGGUUGGUUGAAGACAGGGGAUCUUUGUUAUUUUGACUCAGAGGGGUUCCUCUACAUUGUUGAUAGGCUAAAGGAGUUGAUAAAAUACAAGGCAUAUCAGGUGCCCCCAGCUGAAUUGGAAAAGUUACUUCAGUCCAAUCCUGAAAUUGAUGAUGCUGCAGUAAUUCCGUAUCCUGAUGAAGAGGCAGGGCAAAUACCUAUGGCCUAUGUGGUGAGGAAACCAGGAAGCAAUAUUACCGAGGCUCAAAUUAUGGAUUCCAUUGCAAAACAGGUUGCACCAUACAAGAAGAUAAGACGAGUGGCUUUUAUCAGUGCCAUUCCAAAAUCUCCUGCAGGAAAGAUAUUGAGGCGGGAGCUGGUCAAUAUUGCUCUCUCUGGUGCUUCGUCUAAAUUAUGA